AGAGCCACCCGGAAGCGUCGUGACCACGCGGAGGCGGUGGGGUGUGAGGAGAUUUUCCUUGGUCCAAUUAUGAAAAAAUGUUUAGAAAAGGCAAAAAACGGCACAGCAGCAGCAGCUCACAAAGCAGUGAAAUCAGUACUAAAAGCAAGGUAAGCUGAAUUUGGUCCAUACUCUGUUUAUGGAAGCACUUUCCUUUGUUGUAAGUUGACAGUGCACUGAUGGUAGGAUGUGAUUUCCAUAAAACGCUGUGUUCCACAAGGAGAACUUUCUUCUGCUAUUCCUCAGAUUGUGUUGUGAGAGUUAAAAAAAAUCUAUCCAUUAUAAAGCCCCCGUGUCCUGAGACGAAUGCUCCGCUGCUUCCAUUGUGAAGCCCACAAACACAAGAGUUUCUGGCAGCACAUAGCAAGGUUUGGCGGAAAAAGCAGUACGUUUGUUCUGUAAUACUGUCUUUACGAAGGUGCCUGGGGCUUGGUACUGAGAAUGAGUUUAUUCUUCAGUGCUGGUCGGUUACUCAGUAUCUCUAAAAAGUAUUCUUCGUUUUGAAUAAUGUGUCCAUUUUGUCUGAUAGGUUUGGAAUGAUCAGUUGAAUAUUCUGGAUUUCCCAAGGUGCCGUUUCACUUCCCUUGCCCACUGCUAUGUUAUUUCAAGCACUGGUGACAAGCAUGUAGUUGUCAAUUUCUUCAAGUUAAGAUGCUGUACCAGAAAAGUCUGGACAUAACCUUAAGGUUCAUUUUCUCUUUUUCUUUUAUUUUCCUCCUUCUUUCAAAAUACUUGUGGACUUCUCAAGGGUUCCUGCUGAAUUUCUAUCAGUCUAAUCUACACUGAGGCAGAAAGAUAACGUCAGGGAAGAAAUAGGUGUUGUUGUUUUCUUCUCCCUAUUUUGCAGUGCUGCUUAAGUAAUUAGAAUGUAAACAGUAGUUUAUUUUUAAAAAGGAUUGAGGCAGGACAUCUAAAAGUGAAUUGUUAAUAUGUUCUCAGUAACUUUUUGAUGAUACCGAUUUUCUUCUUAGUCUGUAGAUUCCAGUCUCGGGGGACUUUCCAGGUCUAGUACUGUGGCCAGUCUAGAUACAGACUCCACGAAAAGUUCAGGACAAAGCAAUAGCAACUCUGAUACGUGUGCAGAAUUCAGAGUUAAAUAUGUUGGUGCCAUUGAAAAAUUGAAAUACAGUGAGAGCAAAAAUCUCGAAGGGCCAUUGGACUUAAUAAAUUACAUAGACGUUGCACAGAUGGAAAGUUACCUUUUGUUCCAGGCGAAGAGGAGUUUAUUAUGGGAGUUUCCAAAUAUGGCAUUAAAGUUUCAACAUCUGAUCAGUAUGAUGUGUUGCAUAGGCAUGCUCUCUAUUUAAUUGUACGGAUGGUCUGCUAUGACGAUGGUCUGGGAGCGGGAAAAAGUUUACUGGCUUUGAAGACAACAGAUGCAGCCUCUGAAGAAUGCAGCCUCUGGGUAUAUCAGUGCAAUAGUUUGGAACAAGCACAAGCUAUUUGCAAAGUGUUAUCUACAGCCUUUGAUUCCGUUCUAAUGUCAGAGAAGUCCUGACUUUCGGCAGCAGCGCAUGGAUGUGCGGUACAGGCCUCAGCGAGGAGGAAACGGGCUCCGUUGUGACACCAGAGACCGGCUGUAGCUGCCUACAAACCUAGAAGGGACCUGCUGUGCAAAGAAGCGCCAAGCAGCCUUGCACAUGGUACUUCGUUAUUCCCCAAACAUGACUUGAAGAAACUACUCCAUCUUCAGUUUCCAGGACUAUACAGACUUUUAUAUUUAACUUUUUUUUUUGCCUAAAUCACAUUUUGUACAUUAAUGUCAAUAUUGUAGAAAUGUAAAAUAAAACUGACACUUGCUUCUAUCUCUUUGUCAAAAAAAAAAAAAAAUUGUUAUUACAGACUUCAGUUCUGCUGAACUUCAAUAUUGGAACAAAAUUAACAAGAGCAAAGUGAUGAUGGGCAGCCAUUCUGUGCUUUGCAUCUCUACUUUAACCUCAGGUGCUCAGUUUGUUCAGUUCCUGUGUUCACCCAGAAAUCCACAGGACACACACGCUUUGGUUCAAGUGCUACUUGUUUGUAUUCUGCAUUUUAUUCACUGGAAACAUUAUUGCCCAAGCAAUGCAGAGCAACAAAAGAGAA